UUGUAAAAAAAAAAAAAAGGAAAAAGGAAAUCAGGUGGCCGGAAUCCAUCCAUCGCGAGAGCAGAGGGAGGGGGAUCGCGGCGGCGGCGGCAGCUGCGGCGAAGGGGGAAGCGCCGGAACGGGAGCCGUGGAGCGAUCCGUCGGGCAUCGGCGCCCGAUGUGGGCGUGGGGCCUCGUCGAGCGCGCCGCCGCGGGCCUCCUCGGCCCCCUCGGCGGAGCCCAUGGCGGCGGCCGAUGGAACACCGCCGUCGCCGUCGGUGUCACGGCCGCCGCCGGCCUCGUGCUCGUCGUGAUCGUUGUCUCCUCCCGCAGAGGUGGGCUCAAAUCGCCGUGGUGGCGGCGGCGGAGGAAGGCCGCGCUUAAGCCCCAUGAAUGGGUCAGCUUGUUCACGCCGGAGGGGAAGCUUAAGGACGGCGGAGUGAAGCUUCUGAAGAAAGUUCGAAGCGGAGGGAUUGAGCCAAGUAUCAGAGCACAGGUCUGGCCAUUCCUUCUGGGAGUUUACAGUCUUGGUAGUUCAGAAUCUGAAAGAGACGCGGUUAAGGCACAGAACAGGAAAGGUUAUCUGUUAUUGAGGAACCAUUGCCUGCGAAAAUCUGUCUACAUCAAUGAAGAGAACAAACAAUCAAAUGAAGCCGCUGGAGCCAAACAUGUGGAGUGUGUUAGUUCUGAAAAAGGCGAAGACACUGUCAAUCCAGCUGGAUCUGAAGAAGUACCUGAUAAAUCUAGUGUAGAAGAGCAUCUUGUUGGCGAUGACACUGUUGGUCCCGUUGUAUCUGAAGAAGUGGCUGAAAAAUCUUUUGUCGAAGAUCAUCUUGUUAGUGAGGAGGAAAAUCCAUCUGCCAAUCCAGGAGAAGAAGUGCAGGAUGACACAUCUAAAACAAGCCCUGAGAAGCUGACAGAUGGAAAUCAUUCUUCAUCUAGUUCAUCUAGUGAGGAAGAAAGUGAAUCAAGUGGCCUGACUCAUGUAGAAACAUCUCAUAUGGUUGUCGCCUCAGUUCAGCAAUCUUUAACUGAGGAUGAACAAGAAAGUAUCCCGAGAUAUUCCAACACAGGAGGAAACAUGGAAAAUGAUAGCGAGUUAUCUAAGGCUGCUCGUCCUGUGAAAUCUGUACGCACAAUUGAGGAUUUUGAGACUUGGCAACGAAUUAUCCGCUUGGAUGCAGUUCGUGCUAAUGAUGAAUGGGUUUCUUACUCCCCAUCUCAAGCUGUAGUUUCCAGGGAGAAGGCAAUUGAAUCUGCUAAAGCUGUUUGUCUGAAAGAUUACGAACAUUUGGAACCACAUAGGAUCCGUCAUGCAGCACGCCUUGUUCCAAUUCUUGAGGCUUAUGCCAUCUAUGACCCAGAAAUUGGAUAUUGCCAGGGCAUGAGCGACCUUCUUGCACCUCUACUUGCCGUACUGGAAGAUGACAAUGAAGCCUUCUGGUGCUUUGCUGGUUUUAUGAGGAAAGCCCGUCAUAAUUUCAGGCUUGAUGAAGUGGGCAUUCGCAGGCAACUGAACAUGGUAGCCAGGAUAAUCAAAUACAAGGACUUCCAUCUUUACAGACAUUUGGAGAUGCUCCAAGCUGAGGACUGCUUCUUUGUUUACAGAAUGGUGGUGGUCAUGUUCCGAAGGGAGCUGACCUUUGAGCAGACCCUCUGUCUAUGGGAGGUUAUGUGGGCCGAUCAGGCAGCAAACCGUGCUGGAAUUGCAAAAUCAUCGUUGGGGAAACUGCGGUUAGGAGCCCCUCCAACUGAUGACUUGCUACUAUAUGCAAUUGCGGCCAGCGUGCUGCAGAAGAGGAAACUGAUAAUAGAGAGCUAUAGCAGCAUGGAUGAGAUCAUAAGGGAGUGUAACAGCAUGGCUGGGCAGCUGGACAUUUGGAAGCUCCUGGACGAUGCGCACGAUCUAGUAACGACCCUUCACGGUAGGAUUGAGUAGUGAUAUACUGAUACACUCUACUCAUUUUGUACACGGCUUGUUGUAUUACUUUACACAUUUUCAUCCUUACGUCAUAUUUCAUCUCUUUUUCACUAACACUCCCUCCAUGGAUAUGUGUUAGUUUGGGACUACAGACCUACAGUACCACAGGCUCAGUUGCAUGGUGUCCCAGUCUAGCUGCCUCUCAGGAUUAGGCCAUUAUCUUUUCUUGAUCAUAGUGGUGUAACUGGACCAUCUAUGCGUGUGGAUUUCUUUCUUGCUGUGGUCGCU